AUUACCUACCGGAAACACAACAGACCGUAGCAGCAUACUCGCUACGUUGUUCCCAGCCUUCUCGACCUUUGUGUAAAUGUAAAACGUUCGUUUACCCCCGGUCUUUCGAAAAGGACAAUAAUCUUCAUUUUCCUCGCUUUCAUUAGUAACUAAAACAAAGGUUUAAACAUGGGGGGCGGAGAUCUGAACUUAAAGAAAAGCUGGCACCCCCAGACUAUGAAAAACAUCGAGCGUGUCUGGAAAGCCGAGCAAAAACAUGAAUCUGAAUGUAAGAAAAUCGAGGAGCUUCAGAAGGAGCUAAAGGAGGAAAGAGCCCGCGAAGAGAUGACCAGAUACGCCCAGGAAAGCGGUGCCAUCAAAAAGAAGGAUGAUCGUCUGGACUGGAUGUACCAGGGCGUUUCUAGUCAGGUGUCCAGAGAUGAGUAUCUCAUGGGUCGUGCCAUUGACAAGCAGAUCACCGAUCAAUAUGAGGAGCCUGAAAGUGGUCCAUCAGCAGAGACUGGCCUUCUGCCUGGCUCCAUCUUUAGUCCCAUCACGGCUACCUCCAGCCUGGACAUGGCCGCCAAGAUCCGGGAGGAUCCUCUUUUUGUAAUUAGGAAGCGUGAGGAGGAAAAGAAAAGAGAAGUCUUGACGAAUCCAGUGAAGAUGAAGAAAAUUAAAGAAAUGUUGCGCCAGAACCUCAACAAGAAAGACAAGAAGAAGAAGAGGAAGAAGGACAAGAAGGAAAAGAAAGGAGACAAAGAGAAAAGAAAAGAGAAGAAACACAAGAGAAGCCACUCAACUUCGAGUUCGGAUGAAAGAGAUGACAAAAAAGACAGGUUGCGCUCACCAGAUGGAGUGACCUCUUAUAACAAAUCUCAUUCCCAUCAUCUGCCCGGCUAUGGCCUCCUGCUACCUGUCGGCAAACAAUACCAGUCCUCUGCUUUGAAUCACUCAAAACGCCACGAGAGGAGCCGAAGCCGAUCUCCUGCAAGAAAAAAUGGGGAAAAUCACCGCUCUUCCUCACACCGAAACGACAGGAAGAUAGAUGUCAAAGGUUGUAGCCCACAGAGACAACGUUAUCAAAGGCAGCGGAAUCAUGUGUCAAAGAAGCUCUCUGCUGAGGAGCUGGAGCAGAAAAGAAAGGAGAUGAUGGACCAGGCCAAGAAGAGAGAUGAGGACCGGGAGAAUAACGUGAGAAGAUACAGGAAGCAAGAUGAGCAGGAAAAACUGCAGGAACAAAAUUCCAAGCAUGACCGUCAUGCUGGUUUUAUCCAUGAUAUGAAGUUGGAGAGUGCUGCCACGUCUUCUUUAGAGGACAGAGUGAAGCGGAAUAUUCACUCCAUUCAAAGGACACCGGCUUCGUUGGAUAAUUUCAUGAAGAGAUGAACAUGAACAAUAUUGUACAUAAUGACUUAAAAAGAGGAAACACACAUUAAUCAAUAUCCUUAGUAGAGGAAUGGAUGUUGUUUUGAGAUGAACAAUAAGCCUAUGUCUACAUAAAAUCAAUUUUCAGUCCUGUAAAAUAAAAUUAUUUCGUAGAAACUGUUUACCAUUGUGAAAAUAUUGUAUUUUUCCUUUCAAAUUUUCCAGACAAUUGAGACUUUUGAUGGUUUUAUCAUAAAUGUUAUUCCAGAAGUCUUUUCAAUUACAACUUGUAUUGCUUGACCUCUCUAUAAUAAAUUUCCAACUUGGCUAAAUAGUCAUACGGAACUGA